AAUCAUUCAAUUUUCAGUCAUCACUUUAGCGUAUUAGUAGUGCGGCAGUGGUCUGAUUGAACAAAAUGAAGUCGGUGGUGCGUCGGGCAAUACAAUUUGCCAUAGUAUUAUUGUGUUUGAACGAAGUGUCUCCUUUGAAUAUUCUUGGCAUAUUCCCUCAUAAUGGAAAAAGCCACUUUUUUGUGUUCGAGCCUUUCCUAAGGGAAUUAGCUAACAGGGGACAUAACCUUACAGUUAUAUCUCAUUUUCCUCAAAAGGCACCGCUGAAAAACUAUCGUGACAUUAGUUUGGCAGGAAAGUUGGCGGUUCUCGAAGAUGUGUUUCCCAUCGAACGGACUUUUCUAUCCUUGGUGAUGAUGAGUGUAUUCCUUGUGACGGCGGGCAACGACAACUGUAAACUGAUGCUGGAUCAUGACCAAGUUCAGAACUUGUGGAAGACGGGCACGAAGUUUGACGUAGUGCUUGUGGAGCAGUUCAACAGCGACUGUCCAUUGGGCAUAGCCUAUGGACUAAGGGCGCCCGUAGUAGGCCUAACCUCUCAUUCUCUGAUGCCGUGGCACUACAAGAGAUUUGGGGUGCCAUUCAACCCUUCUUAUGUUCCUUUCAUGAUGACGGAUGGAGGCAGCCACCCGACGCUGUACGAACGAGUAGAAGCUUCAAUCAUUGACUCCUACUUCGAGUUCAUCUAUAAAUUCUUUAGUCAGAGAAAUGAGCGUUCCAUGUUGCUGUCUCACUUCACGGAAGUGCCUGAUUUGGAGGAAUUGGGCAGGGAUAUUAAAUUGAAUCUCGUGUACCACAAUCCUGUUUUGACUGGGUCCAGACUGUUUCCAGCUAAUAUUAAAGAAGUUGGAGGCUAUCAUGUUGCUAAGCCAAAGCCUUUACCAGACGCUCUUCGUAAGUUCAUUGAAGAAUCAGAGCACGGUGUCAUUUACAUCAGUUUCGGGUCAAUGUUAAAAGCAGAGACACUCCCGGCAGAGAAGUUGGAAGCUAUAUUGGGAGCGGUGGCGGAGCUGCCACAGAGGGUGGUGUGGAAGUUCGAGGGAGUCGCGCUACCCGGAAACCCCAAAAAUAUUUACAUAUCGAAAUGGUUGCCGCAAAAUGAUAUAUUAGCGCACCCGAAGGUCUUAGCGUUUUACUCCCACUGUGGCAUGCUGGGCACCACUGAGGGUAUGUACCAUGGAGUUCCCAUGGUCGCGAUGCCAAUUUUCGGAGAUCAACCCUCUAACGCGGCCGCCAUUGAAGAAAGUGGGCUUGGAUUAAGAAUCCAGCUAAAGGAAUUAACAAAGGAAACUCUCCUGAACACGCUGAGAAAAGUAUUAAGACCAGAAUUCAGAGCCAACGUGAAGAGUAUAUCCCGCGCGUGGCACGACCAGCCCUCGUCUCCCAUGGACAGCGCCAUCUUCUGGACGGAGUACGCGGCGCGACACACCAACAUCACCUACAGAACUAGAGCGGCAGACGUGCCCGUCUAUCAAUACCUCAAUUUAGAUAUUUUAAGUAUACUUGUAGGUAUUCCCUUAGUUGUUGUCUUUGCUCUUUGUAAAAUCUGGUGUUCGAGCUCGAAGAAGACUGGUCGAGGGCAAAUUAAUCGUAAAUCUAAACUGCAGGCCUUGGGGCCGCUUGUCUGUUUCUCUGCAGACGCUCGCCGUCAAAGCGUAGUGAUUAAUGUUCUAGUCAGUCCUUCACAUAACCUGUUAUGUGACUCACGAGUUUGGGGCACAAUGAACUUAAUAAAAACAUUCGGUGUAUUCGCGAGCCUACUGACGCUAUGCGUGGACUCACUCAAUAUCCUGUGCAUCCUGCCAUACGAAGGAAAGAGCCAUUUCUUCGUGUUCAAGACGUUUUUACUAGAACUAGAAAGAAGGGGACAUAACCUAACUGUUAUCUCUCACUUCCCUGAGAAGAGUCCCCCGGCCAACUAUCACGACAUCAGCCUAGCGGGAACUAGUGACAUAUUCGAAGAUGCUAUGCCAUUAAAAAGAAAUUACUGGACUUUAAUAUCAACUGGACUGUUUCUGUCCUGGACCGGGACUGCCAACUGCGAUGCGAUGCUCCAAAACAAACGAGUGCAGGGAUUGGUUAAAAAUAAACAAAAGUUCGACGUCGCUUUAGUGGAACUGUUCAACAGUGAUUGUGGCCUUGGCCUCGCGUACAAACUGGGCGCUCCAGUCGUGUCAAUAACAACACAUAUUCUCAUGCCCUGGCAUUACAAAAGGUUUGGCAUCCCUGAUAACCCGUCCUAUGUUCCUUAUCACUUCCUAGAGGGCGGCUCUAAGCCUACCCUUUACCAAAAGAUUGAACGGAUCGUUUUUGAUGUUUACGUACAAACAUUGUAUUACUAUUGGACUCAAAGAAAUAAUCAGAAUUCUAUAGCAAGGUAUAUCGGAGAAGUACCUCCGUUGGAAGAGUUGGGGCGUCAAGCGAAGUUUGUCCUUUUGUAUCACAACUUUGUGUUGACUGGAUCGAGGCUUUUUCCGGCUAAUGUGAUAGAAGUGGGAGGAUACCAUGUUGGAAAAGCAAAACCUUUGACAGGGGCUCUCAAAGAUUUCGUGCCGAAUGCAGAGCAUGGAGUGGUCUACAUAAGCUUCGGUUCAGUCGUGAAGAGUUCCACUCUUUCUGCUGAAAAACUCGAGGAAAUCCUGGCAGCCUUGGACGAAUUUCCACAAAAGUUUGUAUGGAAAUGGGAAAACGAGACUCAACUGGAAGGAAGGAGAAACCUGUAUGUUUCCAGUUGGCUGCCUCAAAUCGAUAUUUUAGCACACCCGAAAACGGUAGCCUUUUUCUCCCAUUCGGGCAUGUUAAGUACAACCGAGGCUAUCCACUUCGGGGUCCCCAUGGUGGCGAUGCCAGUACUAGGGGACCAGCCGGCCAACGCUGCGUCUAUUGAGGAGUGUGGACUAGGAGUGCAGAUCCAGUACAGAGAACUCACAAAGGAUAGCUUAGUGGCGGCGCUGAAGAAAGUUUUGAACCCUGAGUACCGUCAGCAAGUGAAAGCUCUAUCGAAGACGUGGCACGACCGGCCUAUGUCCCCGAUGGACGCAGCUGUGUUCUGGACGGAGUUUGCAGCAAGACACCCCAACUCAACCUUCAGGACCGCUGCGGCUGACGUGUGGUUCUAUGAGUACAUGUAUCUGGAUGUUUUGAGUGUGUUUGUGGUGUUCUUUAGUGUGAUCGUAUGGCUGGUUAGGUUGGCUUGUUGCCGGGCAAGGAAGCAAGACGUAAAGAAACCAAAGGCUAAGGCUAAACCUAAACGGCAUUAGAUUUUAAAUGUAAGUUUAAACUACAUUAAUUUUAAACAGAAUAUAAUAUAUGGCUAUAAAAAAUAUUUGUU